AUGAAGAAAGCAGCACAUGAAUAUCCUAAACAUUUGACAAAAACCAAAUUUUCGGUACCGCCUCGACUAGCAUGGUUUCUGUUUGGUACCGCUGUCUUCCCUUCUGCUCUGCUUGCAUUUUACGGCGCAAGUCUCGACUACAAUUCAACAAAUUUUUUGAUCAUUACUUUAAUUAUUAUCCACUAUGCAUACAGGACUUUUAUUUACGCUUACAAAAUAAAAGGCGGUAAACGAAUACCCCUUCAUUUAUUCGCUCUGGGAUUCUGCAAUAAUUUUUUCCAAGGUUUUCUACAAAGUACCUGGCAUUUUAUGUUUGCCUAUUAUCCUGUCGACUGGCUAACCCAUUUUAGUUCAAUUAUUGCUUUUUCUUUCCACUCACUAAUAAUGCCCAGCGGAACUGAAUCACUGCAAUUUUCAGGACUUCUAUUAUUCACUGGCGGAAUGUUGAUGCAUAUCAAAUCAGACGGGAUCCUUCAAAGGUUACGAAGACGAAAUGAAAAAGGCUAUAAAAUACCUCGCGGUUUUCUUUUCGAAUCAGUUACAGCACCAAACUACUUAGGAGAAUGCUUGGAAUGGGUUGGCUUUGCCAUCUUUGCUUGGUCGCUGCCUGCAUUUGCCCAUGCUGCUUUCGUCAUUUCACUGCUUCUACCAAGAGCUCUGCAGUACCACAGGUGGUACUUGGACAAAUACGACGACUAUCCAAAGGACAGAAAAGCAAUUAUUCCUCUGUUACUGUAA